AUGGCGGCGGGCGUGGAGAAGCGCUUGGGCAACCUCACCGUCUUCAGUGGCGACGACUUCGAGGACGACUGGCGCCAAGUGGCCAGCGGCGGCUUCGGCCAGGUGUUCCGGGCCCGGCACAAGCGCUGGCGGACCGAGUACGCCAUCAAGUGCUCCCCCUGCCUCCUGGCGGACGCCACCAGCUCCGAUGUGAACUGUCUCAUUGAAGAAGCAGCCAAAAUGGAGAAGAUCAAGUUUCAGCACAUUGUCUCCAUCUAUGGGGUGUGCAAGCAGCCUCUGGGCAUUGUGAUGGAGUUCAUGGCCAAUGGCUCCCUGGAGAAGAUGCUGCCCACCUAUAGCCUCUGCUGGCAGCUCAAGUUCCGCAUCAUCCAUGAGACCAGCCUCGCCAUGAACUUUCUUCACAGCAUUAAGCCGCCUCUGCUGCACCUGGACCUCAAGCCAGGCAACAUCUUGCUGGACAGCAACAUGCGUGUCAAGAUUUCUGACUUUGGCCUGUCCAAGUGGAUGGAGCAGUCGACCCAGAUGCAGUACAUUGAGAGGUCAGCUCUGCGGGGCACCCUCAGCUACAUCCCUCCUGAGAUGUUUCUGGAGAGUAACAAGGCCCCAGGGCCCAAAUAUGAUGUGUACAGCUUCGCGAUUGUCAUCUGGGAGAUCCUCACUCAGAAGAAAACAUAUUCAGGCUUCAACAUGAUGACCAUCAUCGUCCAAGUGGCCAUGGGCAUGCGGCCUUCCCUACAGCCCAUCUCAGAUGAAUGGCCAGGUGAGGUCCACCAGAUGGUGGAUCUGAUGAAGCGCUGUUGGGAACAGGAUCCCAAGAAGAGGCCAUGCUUCUCAGACAUCACAGUGGAGACAGACAUGCUGUUGUCCCUGCUCCAGAGUACCGUUGAAGAUCCGGAGAGCGAGACCCUGGCCAGGAAGGUGUCCUACAAGCCUUCACUACGCCAGCCCCCAGAGGUCAGUGAGGAAGACAGGGAGGAGCUAAUGGACAGUGACUUAGGAGACUACUUGAAGCGGGUCCUGCAGCUGUCAGACAGUGAGAGCUUGGUCUCCAGCAAUAAGGGGCAGCACAUCUACAAGAACAAGGUCACCCCACUUCACCUCCUGGUGGCGCAGGGUAGCGUGGAACUGGUGAAGCUGCUGCUGGCCCAUGAGGUAGAUGUGGACUGCCAGACCGCCAGUGGUUAUACACCUCUCCUCAUUGCCACGCAAGACCAGCAGCCUGAUCUCUGUGCCCUGCUCCUGGAGCAUGGUGCAGACACCAACCUGGCAGAUGAGGACGGCUGGGCCCCACUGCACUUUGCAGCUCAGAACGGGGAUGACCGGACUGCCCGCCUGCUCCUGGAUCAUGGGGCCUAUGCAGAUGCCCAGGAGCAGGAGGGGUGGACCCCACUGCACUUAGCUGUUCAGAACAACUUCGAGAAUGUGGCCCGGCUCCUGGUCUCCCGUCAAGCUGACCCCAACCUGCGUGAGGCUGAAGGCAAGACCCCCCUCCAUGUGGCCGCUUACCUUGGACAUAUCAGCCUGGUCAAGCUGCUGACAGGCCAGGGGGCUGAGUUGGAUCCUCAGCAGAGAAACUUGAGGACACCACUGCAUCUGGCAGUGGAGCAGGGCAAAGUGAGGGCUAUCCAACACCUGCUGAAGAGUGGGGCAGCCCCUGAUACCCUCGAUCAGAAUGGCUACGGCCCACUGCACAUAGCAGCUGCCAGGGGCAAGUACCUUAUCUGCAAGAUGCUGCUUAGGUACAGGGCCAGCACAGAACUGCGCACCCAGCAGGGCUGGACACCUCUACACCUAGCAGCCUACAAGGGCCACCUGGAGAUCAUCCACCUGCUGGCAGAGAGCAACGCAGACUUGGGUGCUCAUGGAGGCAUGAACUGGACCCCCCUGCACCUGGCAGCCCGCCAUGGGGAAGAGGUGGUGGUGUUGGCCCUACUGCAGUGUGGAGCUGACCCCAAUGCCACUGAACAGUCCGGCUGGACACCACUCCACCUGGCAGUCCAAAGAGAAGCCUUCUCGAGUGUCAUCAACCUCCUGGAGCACCAUGCAGAUGUCCAUGCCUGCAACAGGGUGGGCUGGACAGCUGCCCAUCUGGCUGCUCUCAAGGGCAACAUAGCCAUCCUAAAAGUACUGGUCAAGGCUGGUGCCCAGGUAGACACCCAGGAUGGGGUGGGCUGCACACCCCUGCAGCUGGCUCUCCGGAGCCAAAGGCAGGACAUCAUCACCUUCCUAGAGGGCAAGGAACCUGCAGUGUCCAUUCUGGGUGGUGUAGAGCCUGGGGCCCAGACAGAGGUUUAG